UGACAUGUGAACUACCAUAAAUUCCAUUUUUCAAUCAGUAAGGCGACUAACUAAUAAAAAACCGAAUACGUAUAUUAUAUAAAGACAUUAAAAUAUGAAGUUCUACAAGUCAAUGCUGAUCUGUUUUUAUGGAUUGGUAAUAUGCGACUGGAUAUUGGCCGCUCCCCAACCUAAGUGCAUGCUGAACAAGACCCGUGAAGAGCCUUCGGAAUCCGACCCCAUUAAUUUUAAUGAGGACCCCAUUAUUUCUGGAGAAGUGAAAGCAUUGGAUAGGCAAAUUGAGAUGCUCAAUUCGAUAGUUGUUUGGCCCAUCAAGUUCUUUUGUGAGGAGGCAAAGAACAUUUUCAAAGACUGGGAGUAUUUACAAACUUGUGAAGUAGUAAAAAGAAGCAAAGCGUGGAGUCAAAAACGGAUCACCGGAGAGAUGGAGUCCUACGAGGAUUAGGAGCCGAAAUAUGCCCGCCCCAUGAAGAACGGCAAGAACAUCGCCACAUUCGAGCCCUGGUUAGUCUACAAUCUCCAAUGGAAAGUCAUUUGAAACUACAAGAACCCAAUAUCACUAUCUUCGAGUUGCCGCACUUCAGACUGCGCACCCGAACUAUAAAAAAACCAACCACUUU